AUGCCACACCUGCGUCAUCACCGAAGACGCCACUCCUGGCCCUUUGGCAGUCCAGCAGCGCAGCUGCGCGAAAGAAGAAUCGCCCGGAAUUCCAGCGCACUAGAUCCCUCGACGCUCGCGGAGCUCGAAGAACACUACUUGGCGCCCAUCGUCUCCGAAGAUCUACCGGAGGACGAUGCUGCGUCUGCCGGCAUCGUGCGGACGAAGACGACGCGGUCCCACCGAUGGUUUGCAUCGAAGCAUGCCGUCCGACAUCAUACGUCUUCGCAGAGAAGUGCUACGAUGAGCAGCGGCACAGGCUCGCUACGAAAGAUGAUUCGUCCACCGCUGGAUAAGGCUCGAUCGUUGUUCGUUUUGCCUACAACUACUUCGGCUGAGGCACAGGUGGUGGUCUCGCUCUGGGUGCCUCAAGCGGCUGAGACACAACCGGCUGAUAUGUUCGCUGAUCGGGGAAGAACUGCUACAACAACUGCCGACGAAUCUGAAUACUUGGCGGUUGAGAGAAAUCACCGGAGGUGUCAUUCAGAGCAGCCGCGGUCGUGGAGGGCCCCGAGCGCGAGUCUGUGGACACUUUUGGAGGAGUGA